CCGGGAGGGCGCCCCGGGGUGCGAGGUGUGGAUGUUCACAGGGCAUUUAGGGGCAGAUCGCUGAGUACCACGGGGGUGGGGCCGGGAUCACUGGAACUUCAGAAGGGUCACAAGGUAGAUGGGGAGCUUGACCUGCCGUGUGGCUCACUCGGGGGCCUGGCCUCUAAGUCGUGGAGCUUCGGGCCGGACCUGGGUCACUAAUGAAACGAUCCCUGUCCUUGGAGGAGGCGGAGGCUUUGGGGUGAACAGAGAGUGGAGAGGGGGGCCCGCUUCCGCUGACUGUCUUGUGUUCCUCAGGUGCACGCCUGCUCCCUCAGGGGCGCGGGGCUCGGGCCCGGGGGCGGCCAUGGCCCCCGGCCACCUAUCGGUGAGGGAGAUGAGGGAGGACGAGAAGCCCCUGGUGCUGGAGAUGCUGAAGGCUGGCGUGAAGGACACGGAAAACCGCGUGGCUCUGCACGCCCUGACCCGGCCCCCAGCCCUGCUCCUCCUGGCAGCAGCCAGCAGUGGCCUGCGCUUUGUGCUGGCCUCCUUUGCACUGGCCCUCCUCCUGCCUGUAUUCCUGGCUGUGGCCACUGUGAAGCUGGGCCUGAGGGCCAGGUGGGGCUCGCUGCCCCCACCGGGUGGUCUGGGGGGCCCCUGGGUGGCUGUACGUGGCUCGGGCGAUGUGUGCGGCGUCCUGGCCCUGGCACCUGGCACAAAUGCAGGGGACGGGGCCCGGGUAACCCGCCUCUCUGUUUCCCGCUGGCACCGCCGCCGGGGCGUGGGCAGGAGGCUGCUGGCCUUUGCCGAGGCCCAGGCCCGUGCCUGGGCAGGGGGCAUGGGUGAGCCUCGGGCCCGUCUUGUGGUCCCGGUGGCUGUGGCCGCCUGGGGGGUGGCAGGGAUGUUGGAGGGCUGUGGGUACCAGGCUGAGGGGGGCUGGGGCUGCAUGGGCUACAUGCUAGUGCGGGAGUUCAGCAAAGAACUGUGACUCACCUGCCCAAGGAGAGCUGGGUCUGGGUGGGAAACCAGCAUUUAGUGAGCAUCUACUGUGUGCCAGGAAGGUUCACUCCACUCUGUCCACUGCCCAAUGUGGGUAGUGUUUGGACUUUGGUAGUGUGUGAACUUCUGAGAGUGGAAUCCCUCCUUUCCACUCCUGGCUCUCUCUUGGGAGCCAACAAAGCUCAGCCUGUCCAACCCUCUGCCUCAGAUCCAGCCUGCACUGAGAAAUCUCCCCCCCUCCCAUCUGUGCUACAGGCCUGGAAGAGAGAUUGGGAGGGGAGAAUGAGCAAGUAUGCCCCCUAAGAGUGAGGCUUAGCAGCAGGGGCAUGCUUCAAUGGGGGUUUCCUGAGCAUGCGUUGGGGUUUGAGGCCUGUGAUUGGAGGGGACGGGGCUGCAGAGUGGGUGGGGAAGGUUGGUGGGGUUGAGCAGAGCCUUUGCAGGGAAGGGCUGUCUGCAUCUCGGGGAGCCUGGUGGGGACUGGGGUGGUGGGGGGAGGUGCAGGGCUGCCAGGGCUGGACUGUCUGGGAAGCUGAGAACUGAGAGCAGUGGGCGGGCAGCAUCCCCUCCAGCCUUCCCUUCAGACCCAUCUGGUUUUUUACACUCAUUUGUUAAUAAAGCCCAAAACUGCUGUGUGCCCUACUCUGUCUCUGAUGCCUUUUCCAGUCUGUCUUCAGACCCCCCCUUCUGUCUGGCUCCUCCUUCCCCAAGUCGACAUGAAUUGUUGAUUGCGGGGGAGGGUGGAGGCUGCACCGGGAGAAGGGGAGGCAAUGAGCUCACAGCGGCUCAGUCCCUGCCAGCCCUUCUGACUCACGAGCCCCAUUACCGAAUUUUUUCCACCUCACAGCUGCCUGGUGCAGAGAAAGAGAGAGAGCGUAUAUGUGUGUGAGUGUGUGGAGUUCUCACUCACCCCACCCAAACCUUGACCAAAACUGAGGUCUCCCCAUACCCCUCCACUUCCCAUUUCUUACUCAUUAGAGUCAUCUAUAUGCAACCAACCCUCCCCACAGAUGCAGGAGUAGGGAUUUUGCAUUCAAACCUACCAGGAGUAGGGGCCAGGGAGGAGGGAACUUGCUCAGUCUCCUUUCCUAAUCUAGGAAGUCCUUCCUGGUGUCUGGCUGCAAGCCUGCUAGCUGCACCCAGCCCCAGAUGUACCUGGCUCAACCUCCAUCCCCUCCACUGUGGUCUGACCAUCUUCCCAGGCUGGACAAGAGAGGAGGCAGGAGGGGGCUCCCCAUCUCUGCCAGGCCCCUACAUCCACCUCCAUGCUGGCCCUGCCUGCAGCC